CUUCACGCAAAACCGCCAUUUCUAUAAUCUCCAAUAUCAGCAAAGACAUCACCACUAUUAAUACCAAAUGGAUUCCUCUGACUUUCAUGUAAAAGAUACUCCAGCCUCAAUGUCUUCAAUGGACAUGGUUACCAAAGACUCUAUCAUACAGCAAGCUCAGGAGCUUAUCGAUGAAGUUAAUGACAAGCGCAAACAUGACGAACUCUUCAGUGAAUAUAGAAAGCAAUUGGAAAAACAUGUUGAAAAGCGAUGCAUCACAGCACAACAGCAAAUGGUAGCCAUGUAUGAGGAACACGGUAGGCUUAUGGAAGAGAAACUAAAGAAACUGUUUAGCUGCUUAGACCGUGUUGGAAAAGCUGAGUCGGAGCUUAUGGCAUUCAAGCAGUCACUAGCUAUGUUAUACCAAGAAAUGCAACUAGACAUUGAUCAAAUCAAGACUUCCACCUAAAUUCAACAACAAACAUAUCGUUUCCUAUUUAUUAUUUAUUUAUUGUUUAUUUCAUUCACAUUUUUCAACA